GCUUUCUUUGCCUUGAUUCUUUUUCAAAUACUUUGGAUUACAUAAAUUAUGCUUGAGUAUAUUCGUGUGCAGUUUUCCGAGGUUGUCCAUUCGCUUUAUGUCACUCUGAUUAUGCGUGAACACUUUUCAAAUGAAAUUGAUAAGGGAACCAAGAAAAGCAGGGGCUGUCCUUAUGCGCCGAAUCUUGCCUGCAAAGAUUCUCAAGCCAGACGUACACUUCUACUUUGGAGUUUAAAAGAGAUGCACUACAAGAAUUUGGAUUAUUCGUGCCAUAUGGAGAUAAUUGCAGAAAAGGUACUGAGCGGUAGUUGCUUUAAAUUUAACAAAACAUUUUCAUACCUGCGUGUAAGCAAGAAAUUAGGGUACUCUGAAAAAGUCAUGACAAAAGUAGAUGAAGGUAUAGCAAAGCUCAGACAUAGGAGUAAAUGCGGCGCUUGCACUGCUUCUUAUGGAUGUACCACGGAUGGCAAAAAAGUUGCUUGUGCCAUAUUUCUUCACGGACUAUUGAACACCAAAUACAAUGGAGGAACGAAAAGAAAGAAGAAGCAAAUGUAG